AUGACCGAUGGUCUCGACAUGAACCCCAGCAAUGCCUUGGAUACAGUAAUCUCAACCAUGCUCUUUGCAAUGUCCACCAUCCGCUCCAUCAUGGCCAAAUGCACAUGGCUCGCACUGACUCCUCUUCGUUUCUCAUGGAACAUGACAACUUGGAUCAUUUCAAACACUAUCAGCAUUGUUGUUACGAUUGCCACUUAUCCUCCUGUCACCACCCUUCUCAUGGUUAUUGGCUGUGGUCUUUUGAUUGGUGCCUGUGCCGGAUUCGGUGUCGAACUCAUCACAUCCAUGGUUCUAUCAGCAACCUGGGGCAAGGAAAAGAAGGCUAUCAACGAUCCUGUAAUGGAUAUCGAAGGAGAACAUGAUGAUGUGCAUCAACCUAUUGAGCAACAAGAUGACAUGUACGAUGACGAAGUGGUCGAGAUGCGCCUUGGUAGCAAAAAGUCAAAGCAUGAUCUAUUCGAUGAUAUGGAUGAAGAUGAUGAUGAUGGUAAUGAAGAUCCUCAAGACAACCAUGAAGCAGAUGAUGCCAUGUAUGAGCUACUUCAACAUCACCUUGCAUCGGUAGCUAGCAAUACCAACAGUGACGACAAUACCCAGCUACGACGCAGGACGCCCCAUUGA